AUGACCAAGAGCGGUCCGUCCCGGCAGAGGCGGAGGGAGAGACGCCAGGCGGAGAGGGAGCAGAAGGAGCCUCGCCACAAUGGGAUGAUGUCUGCCUCCCCCCAAAUGGCUGACUCCCGUAGUUCGGAGACCCUAGGGGACAGGGAGCUAAGUGCGGAGGUCGAGAGACUAGACCAAGCCGGUGGGACUCAGUCUUUGCACUACGAAAGCGUAUCAGAGGGUGGUGAGACUGGGUCCUAUACCAACAGACGGAAGCGGUACUCCAAAAAGAGAACGAGCCCGACCAAAGUAGCCAAGGAAGGUGUAACUGGCUCCCCUCUUGAGCUCUCCAACCGGUACCUCACUUUGGAUGAGACCUCCGCCUCCUCUUCAUCCGGGGAGGAGAGAGUCUUUGGACUGUGGGAGGAAACCUAUGCAAUUGUGGAGAGGACAUUUAGUCCUGAGUUGGAUUCUAACCUGGAGACUUCCCGACCCCCUGCCCUGUGCGAAACUGAUGCAUCUUCUGCUGUAAAAACCAAGCGAGGUGCGACAAAAACCUCUGAUCUCAUUGUGCUUAACUUAUCAUGGAAAACAACAGAGCAGGAUCUAAAGGACUACUUCAGCACCUACGGGGAACUUCUUAUGGCCCUGAUUAAAAAAGAUGCCCACACCGGCAGUUCUAGAGGUUUUGGCUUCAUAAGGUUUACGGAAUAUGAAACCCAAGUGAAGGUGAUGUCCCUGCGUCACAAGAUAGAUGGAAGAUGGUGCCGUUGUAGGCUGGCUAAUUCCACGCAAAGCCCGGAUGAACCUGUACGCAGCCGGAUGGUAUAUGUUGGCCGGUGCACUGAGGAUAUGACAGCGGAGGAGCUUCGCCAUUUCUUCACGCAGUACGGGGAGGUUGUGGAUGUGUUUGUCCCAAAGCCAUUUAGAGCGUUUGCCUUUGUGACCUUUGCCGAUGAGCAGGUUGCCGAGUCUUUGUGUGGAGAAGAUGUGAUUAUCAAAGGAGUCAGUGUUCACGUAUCGGCAGCUAAACACAAUAGAAAGAGCCCUUUGGAGAGCGGUGGCAGAGUCCCAGGACCCAUCUUUGGGAAUUGGGGAUAUCCUAAUAACAGGCCAAACAAUGGAGGCCUUGCGCACAACCAGCCUAAUGACAUGGGGGAUGGUGGUGGCAUGAACUUUGGGCCAUUCAGCAUUUACCCUACAAUGAUGGCUGCUGCUCCGGCAGCCGUACAGAGCAGCUCGGGGAUGAUGGGUAUGCUUGCUAGUCAGCAGAAUCAGCCUGGUCCACAAGGUAUCAAUCAGUGGCAAGGGAAUCAGCCAAGAGACCAGGCCCAGAGUUUUGGCUCAGGUAGUAAUUCUCAUGGCUCGAACUCUGCUAUAGGCUGGGGUUCUCCUAAUGGUGGCUCUGGUACUGGGUUCAUUGGGGGCUUGAGCUCGAACAUGGAAUCAAAGUCCUCUGUUUGGGACAUGUAG